AUGUAUAAUCAUGAACAAGAAAUAAACGAUAGCAACUCUGAAUUUAGUGAAGAUGAGCUUGAAGUAUAUUUUUUACAAAACCAUCAUAAUGAAUAUUUGAUAGAUAGCUUUCCAGUAAAUCCCAAAUAUCCAGCUCAAGAAAGCGAUGAGGAAUCAGAUCUUCAAAAUAAUUUAUCUGUAAUACCAGCAGUUGAUACUAUUAGAAAUCAGGGCAAAGCAGAGGACAACCACGCGGAUCAAGAGCUAAUCGUGGUGCCAUUUAUAGCAGCUUGGAAUAGUAACCCUUUAAUGUUAUUUUAUGAAUUUUUUUCAAUUGAAUCUCUUAGACAAAUAGUAGAAUCAACAAAUAAAUACAGUGCUAUUCAAAAUUCAAAAG